CACGAAGUCCCAUGUGCCACGCACGUGAGUCGUCAAUAAUUCACAUCCCGCCAAAGGAUUAGUUGCAUCACUCCUACGAUCUCGACACGCUUAUGCUGUAGUCAGUUCCAACCAUCCGAUCAAAAUCCCGUAAUUGACGAAUUGCCCUCGAAUCAGUCUUUAAAUUCCUAGCUCCGUCUCAGAAAGAAAGAGAUUACUGAAACCGAGCUUCAUUGGUGGUGAAAGAAAAAAAAUACCAAGAAAAACCAUUCACAAUAAAUUCUCCCCCUCUCCCAAUUUUCCUCGCAAAAUUGGUGAGAAACUCAACUCCUAUCAGGGAAUGCAGAGAGAUGAUAAGGUCGCCGGUUUCUAACCCCCAAUUAGGCGGCGGAAGGGCCAAGAAACCGCUCACCAGCGGCCGUAAUUGCCACCGCAAACACGUCGAAGACGGGUGAAACCGCCACCACCACUACUUACUAUUUCAUUUACCUGUCUAGUAGUACAUAAAUCGUUUAGGUAACUCUAAAAUGACGGAAGAGAAAUGCGGCGGCGUGCUCCACGGCAAGUACGAGCUCGGGCGCCUGCUCGGGCACGGUACGUUCGCGAAGGUGUACCACGCGCGGCACGUGCAGUCGGGGCGGAACGUGGCGAUGAAGGUCGUGGGGAAGGAGAAGGUGAUACAGGUCGGGAUGAUGGAGCAGGUGAAGCGCGAGAUCUCGGUGAUGAAGAUGAUGCACCACCCCAACAUCGUCGAGCUCCACGAGGUCAUGGCCUCCAAAUCCAAGAUCUACUUCGCCAUGGAGUACGUCCGCGGCGGCGAGCUCUUCGCCAAGAUCUCCCGCGGACGCCUCAAGGAGGCAUCCGCGCGGGGGUACUUCCAGCAGCUCAUCUCCGCCAUCGACUUCUGCCACAGCCGCGGCGUCUACCACCGCGACCUCAAGCCGGAGAAUCUCCUCCUCGACGAGGAAGGCGAUCUGAAGGUCACCGAUUUUGGCCUCAGCGCCUUCUCCGACCACCUCCGCCAGGACGGCCUGCUCCACACCACGUGCGGCACGCCUGCCUACGUCGCACCGGAGGUCAUCGGGAAGAAAGGCUACGACGGCGCCAAGGCCGAUAUCUGGUCGUGCGGCGUCAUUCUGUACGUUUUACUCGCCGGAUACCUGCCGUUUCAGGAGGAAAACAUCGUCGCCAUGUAUCGCCGGAUUUACCGAGGCGAUUUCAAGUGCCCGCCGUGGUUCUCGGCGGAGGCGAGAAAGCUGAUCACCAAAAUGCUGGAUCCGAAUCCUUCGACCAGGAUAAGCAUCGCCAAAAUCAUAGAUUCGCCGUGGUUCAAAAAAUCCUCGGUGAAAAUCUACAGAUCUAAAGAGGAGCAGGAAUUCGCGGCGGAGGAUGAGGUGAAUUUGGGGAAAGGAAAAGAGGCGCAGAGUCUAAACGCUUUCCACAUCAUAUCACUGUCGCAGGGGUUCGAUCUGUCGGCGCUGUUCGAGGAGAAGAGGGCGGAGAAGGAGGAGAUGAGGUUUGCGACGACGACGCCGGCGAGCAGCGUGAUAUCGAAGCUGGAGGAGGUGGGGAAGACGAGGAAUUUCAGGGUGAAGAAGAGCGAAUCGUGCGUGAGGCUGGAGGGGAUGGAGAGGGGGAGGAAAGGGAAGCUGGGGAUCGCGGCGGAUAUAUUCUCGGUGGCGGCGUCGGUGGUGGUGGUGGAGGUGAAGAAGGCGAGCGGUGAUACGUUGGAGUACAACCAGUUCUGUAGCAAAGAGCUGAGACCGGCGCUCAAGGAUAUUGUUUGGACUACCAAUUUCGUUCCUGCUUCACUACUCUAAUAUGAAAAUAUGCAUUGACCCAUCUCAAUUUGUGAUUCUGAACUUUCUUCAAUUCUUCCAUCCAUCCAUCCAUCCAUCCAGUCUUCCUCGUCUUUCCCUUCAACUGAUUUCAGAAUACAUUAUUUUUUUAUGUUAUAUUUUGAGGCUAUGGUUACUCCUAUCUCAUAAACUUUAUUAUUACUAGUAUUUCUUGGCUACAUUUCAACUCACACAGUGUUUUAGCAUAAUACUAUGAAGUACUUUAUUUUUUAUAA